GCAUGAUUCUUGUCGAGCCCGAGGAAGAUGAUGUGCGUGAAGUCGAGACAACCCUCGACAACUUCGAAGAGCUUGAGCUAAAUGGUGAUGAAGUCGGCCUGGGCAAUUUUUCUCUAUCGUCAUUGCGGGCCCGACUUUACUGCAACCAUUCCACACAGGUUAUGCUAUUUCAUGCCCACCAUCGCGAGGAAGGUGCAGAAGUGCUGGCUGAGCUCGGCUGCCGCGGAUUGGCCAGUUCAUGUAGCUGGGAAAAGGCCCCAUACGUCCUGGCGACCCCCCUGGAGGAUCAUGCAGGCAAGCUGGUCAUCGCUCUGGCCUCAGCCCCACCCGGCCGCACGCGCGGGGCUCGUGUCUAGCCUGCGCCCAGCCUACGACGCCCUCGCCUUGGUGCAGAGGGUGGCAUGCCAGCACCAGAUGGAGAUCUCGAGUUGCACAGACGACAGGAUAUUUAAUGACUGGAGCCUGCUCCAUGCCAGAGAGGGGUACGACGACAGAGUAUCGUCCGCCCAGCAUGUGGUGCGGCCGUGGCUGCACGAUCCGAAGCUCAGAUGCAAGUUGCCUGGGACGCUGCGUUGGGGUUCCGAGCGCUCAAAGUGCUAAGCCGAGUACAUGGAACCCAAGUAUUCCAAUGGCACAGCCGCUUUCGUUGACUAUGACGGUGACGACAGCAUUGAUCAGCGAUGACUGGGCUUCGGUCCAGGAGAACUGGCAUGCCCGGAAACGGUGUCCUAGGUUAGGAGAGGUGCUCGUUCUGCAAGAUGCUGCACGGAGUGUGACACCACUGCCUUUUCCCUUUUCCUCUUCACCGCUUAUCGCAACCGAAUCAAGUGGAAUGAAGAGUCACCGCUGUCGUUCCUUACCACGUUCUCAACCGAGUCAAUGGCCAAUCAUGCGUCCCUGCACAUUGUCACCGAGCGGGGACAGCCUGAGCCGGCUCUAGGCUAUAACGAUGUAGCCUUAAUAAGAGAGCCUUGGCAGGCAUUGUUGGGGGA